AAAUGUCCAAAUAGAAGGGCAGCUCACAUCGGCUGCUCAUCGUUCCGUUCAAAUUAACGUUAAAGCGAGCAUGCGCUAUGUGACGUCAUUAUUCGUCUGCUGUUGGAAGCAUGGCAGGGGUAGAAGAUAAGAAAGCAGUGUUGGAAAUGGUGCAGGCGGAUGGUGCAGAUGAAGGUUGUGUGACCUUUGUGCUGCAUGAGGAAGACCACACCCUGGGGAAUGCGCUGAGAUAUGUAAUUAUGAAGAACCCAAAUGUGGAAUUCUGUGGCUACAGUAUCACUCACCCCUCGGAGAGCAAGAUCAACUUCCGCAUACAGACUCGAGGUGGGUUGCCUGCAGUGGAGCCUCUUAGGAAGGGCUUGAACGACCUGACCGAGGUGUGUCAGUAUGUCCUCAACACAUUUGAGACUCGAGUAAAGGAGUUCAGGGAGACGCAGGAAGAGGUCAUGGACUGAAGCCAUGGAUUCUGGGAACAAAAUUACUCAGGAUACCUGGAAGAGCAGUUCUGGAAUGAGUAUCUGAGCUUUCAAGCCAACACAAGACUGGCAUGGACUUUACAACGUACUAAUUUGCGCAACAGUCUGCAGAUUUGUUGCAAAAUUAAUUUUGAUGUUGGUCAUGAAUAGCAAAUUAAAGGGGGUGAAUCAAUGAA